AUGAAAAGUAUAUUUCUUCUAUUCCUUUUUCUGGCACUAGCCGUUGUUUUGGAAGCUCGAUACAACCCGAGAAAAGGUUUGGCAGCUGGGAGACAGAGGAAACAUAAAUAUCAAGAUGAAGGAGAAGCAUUCGUUGUCCUGGUAGCUGGAUCAAAUGGAUGGUACAAUUAUAGACAUCAGGCAGAUGUUGCUCACGCAUAUCACACUUUGAGAAAUCAUGGGAUUCCAGAGGAAAAUAUUAUUACUAUGAUGUAUGAUGAUGUGGCAAAUAAUCAACUCAACCCGUACAAAGGAAAAUUGUUCAACCGACCACAUGGAAAAGAUCUCUACAAAGGACUCAAGAUUGACUACAAAGGAUCUUCAGUUACUCCAGACAACUUUUUGAAUGUUCUCAGAGGAAAUGCAAGUGGAAUCGAUGGUGGAAAUGGACGAGUUCUUGAAACAAAUGAGAAUGAUCGUGUCUUUGUCUACUUCACAGACCAUGGUGCCGUAGGAAUGAUCUCUUUCCCAGACGGUAUUCUGACUGUGAAACAAUUGAAUGACGUAUUAGUCUGGAUGCAUAAAAACAAGAAGUACUCCCAAUUAGCAUUCUAUUUGGAAGCAUGUGAAUCUGGAAGCAUGUUUGACAGCGUUCUCAGAUCUGAUAUGAACAUCUACGCAAUUUCUGCUGCCAACGGACACGAAAGUUCUUGGGGAACAUUCUGCGAGAACGACAUGAAUCUUCCAUGUCUCGGAGAUCUUUUCAGUGUUAACUGGAUGACUGAUAGCGAUGGAGAAGAUUUGAAAACGGAAACUCUCGAGUUCCAAUACGAGUUGGUGAAGAAGGAGACCAACCUCUCUCAUGUGAUGCAGUUUGGUGAUAAGGAUAUUGCGAAAGAGGCAGUUGCGUUGUUCCAAGGAGAUAAAGAAGACAGAGAAUACAUUGAAGAUUUUGGUCUAUCUGCAUCGAAAUCUGUCAACUGGCCAGCUAGAGACAUCGAACUCAAUCACUUGAUCUCACAGCACAAAAAAUCAAAUGAUCUGACAUUGUCAAGCAAAUUGGAGUACAAGAUCAAUAGAUUAAAAGAGACAAGAAGAGCAAUCAAGAAGAAUGUGCACAUGAUUGUUGAAAAACUAUUUGAGGGAGAAUCAGAAGAUUUGAUCAGCCGAGUCCUUACCCAAUCUCGUCCAGUAUUCGAUCUCCGUUGCCAUCACAUUGCUGUCAAUAUUUUCAACAAGUAUUGUAUCAACUUCAACGACUACGAAUACGCAAUGAAGUAUGCUAAAGUGAUCAACAACAUGUGUUUGUAUCGCAGAAUCGAGGAAAUCAUCUUGGCUCUUCCUGAUAUUUGCAUGGAGAUUGAUAUCGAAGAAGAGGUCGCCACACGGAUGGAGAAAGAGUUUUUGUAA